AUGUUGAAGCAUGUGUACGGAAGUGAAAUGUUAUCGAGAGUGCAAGCUUUUGAGUGGCAUCAUCGUUUCAGAAAAGGCAGGGAAUGUGCCAAAGACGACGAAUGCGGUGGCCAUCCCAUGACUUCACGCACCAAUGAAAACAUCAAAAACGUGUCCGUGGCAGUACGUGUGAGCAGGCAGCAAACAAUUUGCCAAAUAGCAGAAUCAGUUGGGAUAUCAGAAGCCACACAUCACCGGAUACUGACUAAAGAUCUUAACAUGCAUAGGGUGUGUCAACACGUCAUUCCCCACAUGUUAAACGUAGACCAAAAGGGAAUUCGAAUGGAAAUGCCAGGAGACUUAAUCUCGACUGUUGACAAAGAUCCUUCCUUUCUUGGCAGAAUUGUUACUGGAGACGAGAAAUGA